AUGGAGCACUGGGCGCGUCCCCUUGUACAUACACUCUCUUCGACAGGUCGCCAAAUUGUCUUCACAGCCUCCACCGAAAACCGCAUUAGAACCUUUGAUGCAGAAACUGGCCAGCUACUGAAUGAACGCCAAGUUGCUCCACCAUGGCCAAUGGAUCAAGCCUUCUGUACAACGCACGUCAGCAAGACACUAGGUAUAAUGGGUACACCAGUAAUCUACCGCGAAGAUGGCAACGAAAUCGCAUUCUUCUAUGUCAAGAGCUACAUUGAAGACUACAGAGAACCAGGUGGGGCGUAUCCUCCUUUGAACUCAGUGUAUUAUCUCUACGGCGUUUAUCUCGAUACGCUACAGGAUUUAUACAAGUACCCAAUGAUCAUUGAUGGCCAACCCUCCGACAACGAUAUACGCAAGACCUUCUUGGGCGGUUUGGUAUUGCAAAGGCCAGCAUUGCUAUUAUUGGGCGAUGUGUUAUACGCGGGAUUUGGCGGGCUGUGCGACGCGUUCAACUACACUGGGAGCGUUGUCGCUGUUAACUUGGCAACGCAGAGUACGUAUACAUGGACGACGCAAGCCGGAAACACGAGUCUGUACAGCGAUGACUGGACGGCGUGGCAUGGUGGUGGAGCGAAUGGCAUUUGGCAAGCUGGGAUGGGUCUUUCGUCGGAUGGUAAAGACGUCUUCUUCACGAUCGAUAAUGGCGGCGGGUCAACGGCUACGACGCUUGAUGUUACUCCCAAGGAGGGUCGCAAGCCUUUGGCUGUUCUUUCGGAAACGGUCGCGAGGAUUACGCUUGAUGAGGCCAGUGGUGCUGGCAUUCAACUGGUUGAUUUCUUCCGUCCGUCGGACUGGCAGACCGACUCUGGACAGGACAUUGGGAGUGGGGGCCUCGCUAUCCUCGAUACUAGUAUCUUCAAAACAAUGGAUGGAAAGAGGAUUGGUGUUGCAACGUCGACGAAUCCGAAAAUGUAUGUUACGGAAGUUGACAACUUAGGCGGUUAUUUGCAAGGGAAAGAUGGCACGGACGGUAUUCUGCAGACUAUCGCUUUGGAAGGCGAGGUCUUCGGUGCAAUCGGAUCCUACCCUCUCGAAGGCGGAUACAUCUAUGUUAACCCUGGUAACACCGCCUUGUCGGCCUACGCGUUUACUCAGAACGCAUCGUCGCUCUUCAGCUUCGCUGGUAAGUCCUCUGAAACAAAUGGACACUGGGGCGGCGCAGGCCUUCCGACAAUCACCAGCAGUCACGGCAAGUCUGGUACAGGUAUCGUAUGGGCAACUGAUGUACAAGCCGGGCUGAGGGCGUUCAAAGCGGUACCAGUCGAUGGGACACUGGUUGAGUUGCCGUUACCAAAGGUAGAGGGUGCUGUGAAGUUUGGCAGGCCGGUUUUUGGCAAUGGCAAGGUGUUUGUUGUUGAUGGUCGGGGACGUUUGAUCGCGUUGGGGAAGCGUCUGUAA